GUAGAUUGUGCAGGACUGUUCGUACUUCAGAGUAAACAAAAAUGGUGGUGGCUGGAGCUACUGAAGUCUCUGAUGAUAAUUCUGGUUAUGACCGAGUAGCAGAAUUGAGAGCUUUUGAUGACACCAAGGCGGGGAUUGACAAGGAUCCACUGCUACACAAGGAGAUAGUUGACAAAAUUAGAUGUGCUUCAGAGACAUGUGGUUUCUUUCAGGUAGUCAAUCAUGGGAUUCAUGUCAGUGUUCUAGAGGAGAUGAAGGAUGGGGUUUGCAAAUUCUUUGAGCAAGACAUUGAGGCAAAGAAGGUAUUCUAUUCGCGGGAUUUCUCAAGAAGAUUCAGGUAUAAUAGCAACUUUGAUCUGUAUACUUCUCCUGUAGCAAACUGGAGGGAUACCUGCGUCAGCGUCAUGGCCCCAGAUCCUGCAAAACCAGAAGAACUGCCAGCAGCAUUGAGGGACAUUUUACCAGAGUACUCAAAGCAAGUAAUGAGACUAGGCAUUUUUAUGUGCAAAUUAUUAUCUGAAGCCCUUGGACUCAACCCUAGACACCUUGAGGAGA